CGUGAAGACUCGAUAGUUGCUGGAAAAGCCUUAGAAAUUUCUUGAUAUUAAAAUUCCUUAGCCACUUCUGGUGACUUCUUUGUCACAGGGAGACUGUGAACUACAGGGAACUGUAGGGAACUAAAGAAAAUACGUGUUUGCAAGAUACCUGGAAAAGGAGUGAGGUCCCCCAAAAGCAGCCUCAGCAGAAGUGUCCCGGAGUGUGCAGCACAGACGGGGAGCAUGUGAUCAGACACUCGGUGCUAACGAACUUGUGAAUGGAGCUCCUGGAAGAAAACACACGGCACUGCACAGCUAACCCAGUGUUUUUCUGAGAACAAGACCUAAGUGCUGAUACCCAUGGAUGCUGCAGAAUUCCGCAAGAGAGGGAAGGAGAUGGUGGACUAUGUUGCGGAUUACCUGGAGAAGAUAGAAAAACGACAGGUCUUCCCAGAUGUGGAACCAGGAUACCUAAGGCCCCUCAUCACAGACUGUGCACCCCAGGAUCCUGAGAGCUUUGAGGAUGUCUUUAAAGACAUUGAGAAGAUCAUUAUGCCAGGGGUGACUCACUGGCACAGUCCGUACUUUUUUGCCUACUUCCCUGCAGCCUCUUCCUUCCCGGCUCUCCUUGCAGAUAUGUUGUGUGGUGGAAUAGGAUGUGUGGGCUUCUCUUGGGCUUCAAGUCCAGCUUGCACUGAGCUGGAGACUGUCAUGCUGGAUUGGCUAGGGAAGAUGGUUAAUUUGCCUGAAGAGUUUUUAGCUGGGAAGGAUGGCCAAGGCGGAGGAGUCAUUCAGGGGAGUGCAAGCGAGGCCACCCUGAUUGCACUGCUUGCUGCAAGAACAAAGACUAUCAGACGGGUGCAGUCAGAACAGCCUGAGCUAACAGAAGCAGAGAUCAUGGGCAGGCUGGUGGCUUAUGCUUCUGAUCAGGCUCAUUCAUCUGUGGAAAGGGCUGCACUGAUUGGCGCCGUGAAGAUUAAAAAUGUUCCUUCAGAUGACACAUUUAGUGUUUGUGGUUCAGCCCUGAAGAAAGUUCUGGAUGAAGACAAAGCUGCUGGUCUUAUACCAUUCUUUUUCUGUGCAACACUUGGAACCACCCCUUGCUGCUCCUUUGACAAAUUGUUAGAACUGGGUCCUAUUUGUAAUAAGGAAAAUAUAUGGAUGCAUAUUGAUGCAGCCUAUGCGGGGAGUGCUUUCAUCUGCCCUGAAUUCAGGCAUCUUUUAAAUGGAGUGGAGUUUGCAGACUCAUUUAACUUCAAUCCUCACAAAUGGCUCCUAGUGAAUUUUGACUGCUCUGCUAUGUGGGUGAAAAAAAGAUCAGAUUUAAUAGGUGCCUUUAAAUUAGAACCUCUUUACCUGCAGCAUCACCAUCAGGAGUCUGGUCUUGUAACAGAUUAUCGGCACUGGCAAAUCCCCCUGGGCAGGAGGUUCCGCUCCCUGAAGCUCUGGUUUGUGCUGAGGAUGUACGGGGUCAAGGGGCUGCAGGAGCACAUCCGCAAGCAUGUCAGGCUGUCGCAUCAGUUUGAACGCUUAGUCCUUCAGGAUGAAAGGUUUGAGAUCUGUGCUGAGGUUGUCUUGGGACUGGUCUGUUUCCGGCUGAAGGGCUCAAAUGAACUAAAUGAGGCACUUCUUCAAAGCAUAAAUGAUGCCAAGAAGAUCCAUCUGGUCCCGUGCCACCUGAGAGAGAAGUUUGUGCUACGUUUUGCUAUUUGUUCCCGCACAGUGGAAUCCACCCAUGUCAAGUUUGCCUGGCAGCACAUCUCACAGCUGGCAACUGAUCUUCUGAAAACAUGGGAGCAAAACCACCACCAGCAGUAACAGCAAUGAAGUUAAGUGGAGAUGAGGUAAUUAACUGGCUUUCUCUGUGUUGCCAAGUUUUAUUUUAGGUGCAGGUGGGAAAGUCAAACUAUGAAGGAAAAAAAUACAAAACCUGUUGUUAUAUAGCCCAGCUGCAGUAGCAAAAUCCUUGCCAGCAAGUUGUGUUGUAACCUUAGUCAUUCCUUCUCUGUACUGUAGUUUCAUCCUGCUUGUUUCCAGAUGCACAUAGACAAGGAGACUUGAGCUGUCAUUUCUUACCAGUUUGUAGCCAAGAGCAUUUGUUCAACCAAGCAAUGGAAAUGGAAGGGUUGGUGCUCCCUCUGUUGUCCCCAUUCACCUCUAGCAUACCCCCUCCUUUCCUCACAGAUGAAACUGAGAGGUGUUUUAGCCAAUUAAUUUAACAUUACUAUGAGUGCAGAAAGAAUCCAAGUUGGGGAAGUUCAGUAACCUGUUCAGGUUUAAAUAUGUUAAUAUGUUAUAUUAAUAUCUGAAUAGGCAUGCACAAAUGUAGCUGCCAGGAUUUGGGGCACUAUCAUGUCACGACACACUUGCUGCAGUAAUUUUGUAAAUGAACAAAGGACAAAGGACUUCAAGACUUCCUUCACUGAAUAGCCAGACCCAGGGGAAUGAGAACUGACUGAUUACUAAUAAUUCUUCUGGCAGUUUCUCUACUUUCCCCUAAAUGGUUUGCUUGUAAAACACUCAUUUUGUCCAAUACCAGCAAAUAGGUUAUGCUGGCUAUUGGUUUCCAGAUUGAUCAUUCAUAAUGAGGUCCCUGAAAAGCUCCUCCUGAAGAGUCUCGUCAAAAGCCAUGUGCUACCCGGUAUUCUAUAUUUUUAAUCAAGUUAUUAUCAGCAGUGAUUACUUGAAAAUAGUCUGUAAGAUACGUUCUGUGAAACUGACUUGUGAUUUGUUUUUAUGGCUACCAUUUUGAUUACUUCAUUGUGUAAUAAAUCUUUGACAAAAUGUGCUAAGGAAUAUGAUGUCUAAAAUGUUAAGUUUCUCAAAUUAGCUAACAAAUGAGUAAACAAGUGACAAUUAAAAUAGAAAGUAAGAGAACUAACCCCCAAAAUCUGCUGUGGUUCCUCCAUCAGUGGUUUUCUUCCAUUAACAGUGAUGAAUGGAACAUGAAAAUACUGGAAAACCUCUUUCAGAGAAAGUCAAAUCGUAUGUAUUUGACACAAACCAUUGAUAUGUCAUCCUGUCGAAGGUGGGCACAGUAAAGAGCUAAAAUGAAAGUUAGAGGUCAAAGUCAGAACCUUAUCAAUUCAAGAAGUACUUUUGCCAUUUUAAAAGCAAAUUCCAGACAGUUGUUUCUGUGUCAAUAAGAACAACAUAAAUAGCUGCUCCAAGAAAAAUAAUAUGUAGGAUUAAUUCCUACAUUUGUAUUUCAAUCUUCCUUUUAAUGCUCAUAUUAUCUUCUAAAGCCUCUUGAGCAACUUGCACAAUUAUUCAUCUUUCUUCCUUCAUCCCUUUCAAAUAUACUUCCUAUGGUUGGGAAGUUGCAAGUAGACCAGGGAACAUGGAUCAGGACAGUUAAUUUGGCACAUGGUCUGCUUCUACCUCUGUCUUUCCAGAAGACCUUAACAAAUUUGAAUGUGGACCAGGUAGAUUUUUCUGGUGAUUCCUAAUCUCUCACUUCUGGGGUGCAAACUGGGAAGGAUUACUAUUUCCUUAAGGAACUGAUUUCCCUGGUAACAGAUGAAGAAAGGGAUGACCAAUGAUUUUAGUAAAACACAGUAAUAUUUGAGCAGGUGACUGACACAAGACACUAUUGUCAGUUGCAGAAAUUUUGAUAGCAUCAUUCUCUUUAGCAGAACCAAUAUGAAAUCUAGCUUUUCUGUGGUAGCACAAUGCAAUAGACUGGUAGACUGAAGAGACUGAAAAAUGCUGGCAAAUUGUUCCCUUUCUCUGUUAUCAUUUUUUUUAAAACAACAUUAUUCAGAUCUCAUGACCUGGAAAACAAUGUUCAUCCGUAACACAUAUCUUCCACACUGAUACAAUUUUACAACUUUUACAUUAUGAAAAUUCUAGAAUCUUGGAGCCAGAGAAGAAUUACACCUUCUCUGUGAGAGAGACCAGUAUUUUGUAUGUGAAAUAUAUAAGCAGGUCUGUCUGGGGAAAAAAAAAAAAAGGGAGAGAGAUCAGAUUUGGAUCAAAGCUAUCACAGAGUAAAUCCAAGGUAAUUCCACUGAAAUGAAAUGGAGUUGCUUUGGGCUUAGGUGACUAUAAUUGAAAUUAAAAAAUCUGACUAAUAAGUAUUGGAAAAGAAAGGCGUAAGUUAAGGCACCACUAAACUGAACAUAAGAAGAUUCUGCUGGAAAUCUGCUCCAUGGAAACCAGAACACAGACAAAUGAUGUCCACCUGUGUGAGCCUCAAACUGCUGGAAAACUGGGAUGCAGGAAGGAUGCACAUCCAAACCCAGAAGAGGUGAAAUGUCCCCAACAGCCCAGAAUUAGACAUAGAUCCCUUUAGACAUUUGUGGGAAAAUAUUGCCAAAACUGACAUUCAAUUAAACCUUUUUCAGUAUCUGGAUAUCAGUUUUAGAAGUGGCUGUUGUUCAGAUAGCAAAACUCCUCUUGGCGAAGAAUUUAAGAUAAAGGCUAAUUUAAAAUAUAGAUGGAGUAAAACUUAAUUUUUGUUUUCUUUUUUAAAGAAGUGAUGUAAGUGAAUCUUCUAAUAAACAGCAGUGAUGAGACCCAUGGAAUUACAUUUCCCCAUGGCUAGUCCAGUACAGAAACCUGAAGUUCACAGUUCUGGUUUUUUGGAAAUUCUCAGAUGAUUCGAAUAUGUAACUAGUGAAGGCCUUCACAGUAUUGAGUCUCUCAUACCCUCUUUUCCCCAUGUGAUAAUUCCUUCCUAGACUAUUAACAAAAAAGGAAAUCUGGGCUAUGUAAUCAACUCAAGAACAAGCACUGAAAGGAGCAUUUCGAAAGAAGAACAUAACUGGUGUUUCUGUUCUGUAGCUUUGCAAUGUAUCUGUAAGUGAGAAACACUGCAUUUAUUAAUAGUUAAUAUGUUAACCUGGAUUUAUUGUGCCUUGUGUGCAAAAGCUAAUACAGUCUGUGCCGAUGAAUACUGUUUGAUAUUAAAAAUAAUUACAGAAUCCCAGAACUGUACUUUAGUAGAAUAUCCACAUCUCAAGGAAGACUGUGGCUAUUAGAGAAGGAGGGAAAACACCUGACUUUUCAGGAACCUAAAUUUAUUUUUUUUUAAACUAGCAGAGUACAGUACUUACAUUCUUAAUGACAGAUUAUAAAUAUAUUUUAUUGCUGAUGGCAAAAUAUUGAAAAUAUAUGUAUUUAUGAAAGUAUUGGUAAUAUAUUAUACUCUGAACUCCAUUAUAAUUAUUAAAUUUCCAAUUUGUUCUUGCCUUUACAUACAAAAUUCUGCUCAUGGCCAUUUUGUUGUUGUUGUUGUGUUGUUGUCACCAUAUGUGAUGAGUAGCACUCACAUUGAAGUUGCCUUACACCAGCAGUCUAAACCGUGAGAGGUAUAAACCUGAAUUACUCAAAGACAGCAGCAAAUGUGAAAUAAAACUGAGAAUCCUGAAAACUAGGGUGGUUGGUGUUGGGAUAGUUAAAUAACUGUCAAUGGAUAAUAUCUACAUAGCAUAUGUAAAGUUUGUAUGUUCUAAAUGGAAAAAUAAUCAGAAAUUCAAUGCUCUAAUUAUAAUUUGUGAGCUGUCGACUCCCUUUAAAAUCUGUAUCCAAAACCUACUGAAGAGACAUACAGGUUUUAACUGGCAAUAUUAAUAAAUGGAAACAAAACUAA